AGUUUGUCAUUUUCUGAUAUGUUGUGAUCAAAAACAGCAAUUUACACAACAUCAAGUAAUGAAAGUAACAAUAGUUAAAGCAAUGUCAUAGUGUACCUGAUUACAUUUAAGUUGAAAUUAAAGGGACAGAAAUCGGUGUGGAACAUCACAAGUAUUGAUGCUCCUAGGCGUUACUUCUCGUUAGCCAAUCAAAUGCAGUCCACUCAGAGGAAUAAAGAGCUUGGUGAGAGUCAGUACAUUCAACAGGAUACGAUGUGGACACGAUGAUGCCUUUAAAGUUUGCUUUGUGUCUGACAUGCCUGGCACUGGGUAGUGUAGCUCAGAAGACUAACCUGAAAUCCUCAGUUUAUGUGCGUCAAGAAAGUGGUUUUGUGUCGCCUAGCAUUGGUGACAAAGUGACUUUGCAAUGUUUCUACGAAGAAGACGCAGUGAUGUUUUACUGGUAUAAACAAUCUCUGGGACAGAAUCCAAAGCUUGUGUCUAAAUUUUAUAAACAUGAAAAAAAUGGCACGUUUUACAGUGAGUUUGAAAACAAUUCUCGUUUCUCACUAGACACUGGAAAUGGUAACAAUCACUUGAUCAUUUCAGAUCUACAGAUUUCGGACUCAGCUACUUAUUACUGCAUUGGUAUCUAUGUAUACGAUUUUGAAUUUUCUGAAGGUUUUACUGUCAGUGUAGAGGGUUCAGGGAUAAACAUCCAAACUUUGCUCCAUCAGUCUGAGACGAUGGUUCCAUCCGAAACCAUUGAGCCUGGAGGCUCUGCUCUGAACUGUAUUAUACACAAACAUACCUAUGAUGGAGGCCACAGAGUUUACUGGUUCCAGGAUUCUGCCGAAUCUCAUCCUGGACUCAUUUAUGCCAACGGAGUCAGGAGUGAUGAGUAUGAGAAGAGGCCUAUGACACAAACACACACCUGCUUCUACAACUUACCCAUGAAAAGUCAUAAUCUGUCUGAUGCUUCGAGCUACUGUGCUGUUGCCUCAUGUGGACACAUACUGUUUGGAGACCGGGAAGAGCUCCACUUAGAGCAUGAGCACUCUGUUGUCUUGGUGUAUUUCCUGAGUGGAGCGUUGAUAUUUACCAUUAUUCUGCUGCUUAUGCUGUCAUAUGCAGCACUGACGAUUAAUAUCAAAAUGAAACGCCAAAGUUCAGACUCUCAAGCAAGAUCUGCAAAUGCCUCAACUCCAAAUGCAGAAGGUAACCAAGAUUCAGACAACCUCCAUUAUGCUGCUUUGAGGGACCACAAGGUCAACCGAUCCAAGAGACAAAGAGACAACACAAACACCGAAUGUGUGUACUCCAGUGUCAAACAGUAAACCUGGAAUUUCAUUUGUAGCCAUGUUGUUCUGUAAGAAGAACUGUGUCUUUAAAGCAUUUGUUUUUUGUUUGUUUUUUCGAUUUGUUGAUUGUUGAAGCAUUGUUGUAUUAUAUUGUGUAUGGUAAGAAGAGAACUACAAGCCAGAGAUAAAGAAAGGUAAAAGAGAAAGAUUGCUACAUAAAAGCCAGUAGAACUGUGAGGAACAUAAGCUAGCAAGCUCAUAUUACAAAUAUUACAAACUCAGUAAUGCAAAAGGAUCAUAAACAGAACGUCUCUGCAGUCUCUAAGUGUGGCCUUCAGAGAUGAGACUGCACGCACAGAAACAGCAGGCCUGUGCCUUCUCAUAGCAGUGUUGUGAUAAGCAGGCACUUAACUUCUAAAUAUGCAGUUACGCUGAACAUGACAGGAAACAAUUUAUCAGUGAUAAUCUUCUGAUAAUUUAAGACAUGUCAUACAUCUUUCACAACUGCAUUUGCAGAAUGUUGUUCCAUUUGGUGUUGUUUGCACACCUGAAACCAGAGAAGUGAGACUCUGUAUGUAGCUUCUGUGUGGUCAACAGUCAAAUGACUGACUUUCAAAGUGCUUUGAAGAACACCUAGCUCACUUUGUCUUUCUGGUUUCAGACAGGAAGUGUCUGCAGUGUGUUUAUGGACUGCAGCUAUGCAGUAUUAAUGAUGCUCAAGUUUCUUCAGUAGACUACAUCAAAAUACUAAAAUAAAUCAAAAUGCAAUCAAUCACAUUGUCUUUGUUUUAUUCAUUUUAUUCAAAUAGGAUGCACUCUAUAACUAUAUUGCUUCUUAUCCACACAAAACCAGUGAAGCCCAAGCUCUUGUGGCCUUUCAGUCUAUAAGGUUCACACACAUUUUAACUAACACAAUUCUAUGACAGACAUGAAAAAUAAAAAAAAUGUAAAUAAAAUGUAAAUAAAAAUAAAUGUAAUUUGGUGCAAUAUAAACAUUUCCUUAUGGCUAAAACAUGAACCAAAUAUCAAAAACCGUUAUGUCCAUGGCCCCACUGCUUUUUUAAUAUCCUUUUUUUUUUGGCUUUUAGCCUUUACUAGAGGACAGUGAAUACAGAUGCAGGACGUUUUUGACCUUCUUAACCAGAAGAACUGUAUUAAGAUCCAGUAUGAUCCAAUUAACAUAAAUGACUGAGACUUAGUGAGUGAGAGUUCAAUAAAAGUGACAGUAGCUGUAGGAGGCAGCUGUGUGAGAGACAACAAGAGUGAACUACCAACCACUACACCUACCAAUGUGAUGACGCCUCAAUUAAAUCGUCUUUGUAAAAUUUUGUAACAUCACCUUUCUAGUUGUACCUCCAUUGCUAGACUCUGGUAGAAAACAGCUAUGAAGAUGCAGGUUGUUACACGUGUCACCAGGGUGGAAAAGUCAGUGAUGGGGACGAAAGCUGAUCUGUUUGCAGCUGCAGUACUUCCUUCUCUCCUAUACUCAAAAUUCAAUUUUUUAUCGCGCAAUGUUCAGUCCUUGAGUCUUUUCAAGGAAUGUACGCUUGAUAUUAUUUAAUUUACAUCUAGUCAACAUGCAAGCUUCA